CACAACCAACUUCAUAUUAAUGACUCGUAGAAUUUUUGUUGAAGUGUGACAUUCGCCAAAAAAAGAAUUUUUAACUAAUUUAAUUUUGUGUAAAAAACUAAGGAAAUUUCUCUGCAAAUAUGGGUCAAAACCAAUCUGGCCAAAGUGGUAGUGGCGAUAAAAAAGACGACAAAGACAAGAAAAAGAAAUAUGAACCACCAAUUCCAACUCGCGUUGGCAAAAAGAAGCGCCGCGCAAAGGGACCCGAUGCAGCCAUGAAACUUCCUCAAGUUACUCCACACACACGGUGUCGCUUGAAGUUGCUCAAAUUAGAACGUAUCAAAGAUUAUUUAAUGAUGGAAGAUGAAUUCAUUCGUAAUCAAGAACGAUUGAAGCCACAAGACGAGAAAAACGAAGAAGAACGUUCAAAGGUCGAUGAUUUGAGAGGAACGCCAAUGUCUGUGGGUAAUUUGGAAGAGAUUAUCGAUGAUAAUCAUGCAAUUGUAUCGACUUCAGUUGGAAGCGAACAUUAUGUUAGCAUUUUGUCAUUUGUUGAUAAGGAUCAACUCGAGCCCGGUUGCUCGGUGCUCUUGAAUCACAAAGUUCACGCUGUUGUGGGUGUAUUGGGUGAUGACACUGAUCCCAUGGUCACUGUGAUGAAGUUGGAGAAAGCUCCACAAGAGACAUAUGCCGAUAUCGGUGGUUUAGAUACUCAGAUUCAAGAAAUUAAAGAAUCUGUUGAGUUGCCUCUGACUCAUCCUGAGUACUAUGAAGAAAUGGGUAUCAAACCUCCGAAGGGAGUUAUUUUAUAUGGUGCCCCGGGUACUGGGAAAACUCUAUUGGCAAAAGCCGUGGCUAAUCAGACUUCUGCGACUUUCUUGAGAGUCGUGGGAAGUGAACUGAUUCAAAAGUAUCUCGGAGAUGGUCCCAAAUUGGUGAGGGAACUCUUCCGCGUCGCAGAAGAACACGCACCUUCCAUUGUGUUUAUUGAUGAAAUUGACGCUGUUGGCACAAAGCGUUAUGAUUCUAAUUCGGGAGGUGAACGUGAAAUUCAAAGAACUAUGUUGGAAUUGUUGAAUCAACUUGAUGGUUUCGAUUCGAGGGGUGAUGUCAAGGUCAUCAUGGCAACUAAUCGAAUUGAGACCCUAGAUCCUGCUUUGAUUCGACCUGGUCGAAUUGACAGGAAGAUUGAGUUCCCAUUGCCAGAUGAGAAGACAAAACGUCGCAUUUUCACCAUCCACACCUCUCGAAUGACCUUGGCCGAGGAUGUCAAUCUGAGCGAGUUGAUUAUGGCGAAAGAUGAUCUCUCUGGAGCAGACAUUAAAGCAAUCUGUACCGAAGCUGGUUUGAUGGCGCUUCGUGAACGUCGUAUGAAAGUAACAAAUGAGGACUUUAAAAAGUCUAAGGAAAGUGUACUCUAUAGGAAGAAGGAAGGAACACCUGAAGGAUUGUAUCUUUAAAUUAAAUAAAAUAACCAACUGCAUCGUUUCCUCAAACUUGAUUUUUUUUUUAUUAUUAAUAUUUUCUAAUUAAAUGUGUAUUAUCUAUCGAGAGAAUAAAUUAGUAGCGAUAGGCAAGUCCUUGGCGAA